UUGCUCGGAACAAUUUACGCACGGAACGAGGCUAACUUCCUCCAGUUACCCAUGUGACGAUUCACUUAACUUGGCAUGAGUUUAUAGUUCACUGUAGAUUUUUAUUUAAUAGGUAUAUUUAAAUGAAAAUGGAAGAUUUCGAGAACGAUAAUCAGUUGGGUGUUGGAUCAGAGGAAGAAGAGAGCGACAUUUCAGACGGAGAGCUUCAAGAAGCCUUUUCAAAAGGUUUGCUAAAGCCGGGAUUGAAUAUUCCUCUACAAGAAGCUAAGAAGAAGGCCAAUAAUGUGGCGGGUCUCAAGCAAUGCUUGGCUGACUUCCGGAGAAAUCUUCCUUGGGUGGAAAGGUUGGACUUAACAAACGGUCCUGUGGCUGAUAUUGUGGCAAAAGCUGACGGCAAGACAUCUCUGGAGGAUCGUGGAGAAAUUAAUGCUGAGGAUGACUUCCAGAGGGAAAUGCACUUUUACCGGCAGGCGCAAGCGGCCGUCCUUGAGGCGAUGCCACGGUUGCAGAUGUUGAAGCUUCCCACCAAGCGCCCAGAAGAUUACUUUGCUGAAAUGGCCAAGAGUGAUCAGCACAUGCAAAAGAUUAGAAAAAAGCUAAUGAUGAAACAGGUGGCGAUGGAGAAGUCUGAGAAGGCCAAGAAGCUGAGAGAACAGAGGAAGUACGGCAAGAAGGUUCAGACUGAAGUUCUUCAGAAGAGACAGAAAGAGAAAAAGGCCAUGAUGACAGCUGUAAAGAAAUAUCAGAAAGGAAUGUCUGACAAGCUGGACUUCCUGGACGGAGAUAAAGACAAAGGAAAGAAAGCGCUGGACAAGGCAGCGGCGAAGAAAGCCCCCAGUGCCAAGAGGAAGUACAAAGAUCAGAAGUUUGGGUUCGGUGGGAAGAAGCGAGGUUCCAAAUGGAACACCAAGGAGAGCCAUGACGAUGUGUCAGGCUUCCGAGCCAAGGUGGCUCAUGGGAAAGGGGGGAAGAAGUUUGGCAAAGGAGGAAAGAACAUCCCUAAUAAGCGACCAGGCAAAAACGCACGGAGGAAGAUGAAGAGUCGCUCUUAACGGCCUGCAGGCGUCCUUAGGCUGCUGUGUUUUUUGUCGUUAAACAAACCAACAACCUCAGUGUGCAGCAGUAUCGUGCAGUAGCCUGUAAAAUCACACGCGCUUCUUUGAGCUUCCUGCAUUCCAACGUACGGCACCACAGCAGACUGUCAUUUCUGUAAGUCUCUCCGAGGCGACUGAAUUAGGGAGGCUGUGAUGUCUGCGAAGAAUUCAGGUUUUUGACUCCCCUCCGUAAACAUGGAAAACAAGAUGGUGUUUAUACAGGCAUGUUAGUUUUCUUUUUUCAUUCUGGCAAAUUUUUAUUGUUAUAGUUGAGUGGAAAUUUUUGAUGGAACUAUUUACUGAAACUACACAGUUUCCUGCAGUUCAUCUGGAUGACAGAUUUUUUUCCCCCCAGAAAACUUGAGAGGACUGGAUUUAAUGUUAAUAGUUGUAUGAAGAGUUCAAUGACAAUAUGCCAAUGUAUUAAUUUGAAAAAGAUUGCUCGAUUAUAGCCAUUUGCCAUGUUGCCGAACUUCAUUUUAUACACGAGUAGAAAGGGUACAGUGUAUUUGAAGAAUUUCAUCCAUAUGACAUGAUUUAAAGCAUGUUCUUGAAUGUCCACAGUUUAUUUAUAGCAUUUGUAUUGUCCAGCUAUGAAUUGUAUGAUUUUGGACAAUAAAUGUCUACCCUAGG